UUUUCGAUAUUAACAAAAACGACGAAAACCACAAAAACGACCACUUCGAGCACUUGCUAAAGAAAUUUGUGCAAUUAGUUGUUAUACUCCGGUGUUUGGAAUUGAAAAACAAAUUUUUAUUCAAGCGAUCGAGGGAGAAGGUAAAUACUGCAAUGGCUCAGAUAAUUGUGGAACCUGAUGCUGUCGGCGUUGUCUCUAAAUUAGCCGAAAUUAUUGAAAAAAACGCAAAUGAUGCAAUCAAAGCCAAUGACAUCUUCAAAAUUGGAUUAUCAGGUGGAUCACUUGUGAAAUUUUUAUCGGACGGAUUGCCAGCAAUCACAACUGAUUGGAGUAAAUGGCGGUUUUUCUUUUGCGAUGAACGAGUUGUGCCAUUUGACCAUGAUGAUUCAACCUUUGGAGUUUACAAAACCAAUCUCAUAGACAAAAUUCCCAUAACUGAGGAUCAAUUCAUAACAAUUGACUCGGAUUUUUCUGCGGUUGAGGCUGCCAACGAUUACAUAAAAAAGAUGGCAGUGUAUUUUCCCCCAGACAGUUUACCACGAUUUGAUUUGCUUUUACUGGGGAUGGGACCUGAUGGUCACACUUGCUCACUCUUUCCCGGUCAUCGACUUCUUGAGGAAACUAGUCGGUGGGUCUGCCCAAUCAAUGAUUCCCCAAAACCACCUCCCUCAAGGAUUACCCUCACCUUUUCAGUCAUCAACAAUGCUAAAGCAUGUAUAUUUGCUAUUACUGGAGCUAGCAAGGCAGAUAUGGUUAAGCGCAUAUUAAAGGACAAAGAGAAACUUCCCGCUGGUCGGGUUCAACCAACGAACGGCAAUCUCUACUGGAUUUUAGACGAGGAAGCAGCAAGUGGCAUAACUGAAACAGGAUAAACCGUGGCUGUUUUUUUAUAUUUCAUUUUAUAUUUACACUCAAUUCUUAUUCCAUAAGCAACGACAUUCUUAACGCAGUCUAUAACUUCACGUUUUUUAUCACUCUCUCAAUGAAAUUGUGUAUAUGAGACGUAUCAUUCAGGUAAAUGAUUCAAAAUGGAAAAACCUUCUAUUGUAAACGUCAAGAUGCAUGUACAUGCUAAUUUGCUAAUAUUUGUGAUACAUAAAAUUAGUAAAAAUUUUGUUACGAUAUUAAAUAUAUGUUGAGUAAUAUUAUGUUCCUGGUUUAUAUUGAUCCAUUACUCAUCCUUUUACCUUUUUUCUGUAUGACACCAAUCACUUAUUUUUUAGAAUGAUGAUUUCGUAAUUUAUUAGAUGUCGAGCGAGUAACCCUUGAGUGAAUUCCUUUCUUUCCGUUUAGCAGAACAGAAAAUUGAAAAUGACAAAAGAAUUUUCCUUACUAUUCAAUGGAAGUAAAUAAUUAGACAUAGAGACUGUGAUAUUUGAAAUAUAUUUCCGAUUGAGAAUAUGGACAGUUCGAUGUACAAGAGUUUUUGCAGUAGUUUAUAACAGUACACUAACAUAUUUUUUGUCGACUUUUUAUUAUCAGUCUAGUUUUAUAAGCUUUGAUUUUUCUUAAAGUUGCACAGCUUUUAAUUUAGUUGAUUUUUUGCGGAUAUUUGGAUGUUGAAUGCCAGUAGUGAAACAAUAAAUUUUUCAAAGAUAUUUCCGAAGUUGAGACAUUAUGAAAUUUUCAGUAAAAUUUUUUUCGUGGAAGUCAUUGAUAUCGGCAAAAAGAACUAUUCUAUAUAUUUCGCCAUGUCUUUCAAAUUAGGAGAUUUUCAUUAAAAACUAGAGACAAUAAUAAUUAUAAUGGAAUUCAAUCUAAUAAUCAUAAUGGAAUAAAAGAUGUUUUUAGUGCGUCACUACUGGAAUUCAAUGCAAUUAGGAGCAAUCAUAGAUGUACAGAUACUGCUUCUAUAUCAAAUAAUACUUCAUUGAAAAUUUUAUGAAUGCAGUAGAGUUAUAUUUUUUUGUAUUUUUUUUUUGGAAUAAUGUUGUAGGUUUUGAUAAUUAGUAGCGGGUAAAUUAAUGAAUUAAUGAACUAUACAUCGAGAUAAUGAAAAAUUCUCUUACAUUUCAGGGAGCGGGUUCCUUUCUUCCACUUUUUUAAUAUAAUAAUGGUCGUCAAUAAAUAAGGUUUAUUCUUACAGAAAAACUUUACAUAGAAUGUACAUGGUGGAGCAAUAAAAAAAAUUCAACUAAAAAGGAGAAAAAAUUAUUCAUUACGAUUGCUUGUUUUUAAAGUCAUGUACUAUCAGUCCCAUACAGUUUUUUCGUCAAUAGAAAAAUCCGUACCAAUUGUAAAAGCAUCUCAAUGUUAAUUGGGCAUUAAUCCUCGAGGGAGAAGAGCAUAAAAAAUUAAGUAAGACAGUUGGAGAAACAAAAUCUGAGCUAUAUAUGCCUUAGUUAUUUCUUUAAAUAUGCUUUGAGAGACGCCUCUGGUAUUUGAGUCAUACGUGAUGUUAUUCACGCUGGGAAUGAUACUUUAGAUGCACAUUUUUUUUCAAUACUUAGAUUCCAAAGAUGGUUAAUGCAAUAACGAGGCAUUUAAUUUUUUAUUGUAUAUUCUAGGAUUUGAAGAAUGAUUUUUGGAGCAGAUUAGUGAAUCAUAACGAGUUAAUAGACCAUAUUUUGUUAAUAAUAUGAUUAUGUCGAGAUUGUGUCGAGAAGUGGUGUGUUGCGAAGAAAAAGUGGCAGAAGACAUCUAUGGAUGCUAUUAGAUGUUCCAACAAGAGCCUUUUUCUAUAUUUCUUCUCAAAACCUCGUAUUAUCAAGAUGAAUUCACAGAUUAAGAGAAUGUAGAAUUAAAAAUAUUGCAUGUCCUAGAA